CGCCCGGUCCCGCCCCGUCCCGCCCGCCCCCGCGGUGCCGUGUCCGCCGCGGCCGCUCCGCGGGCAGAUCGCGAUGCUGGGCCCGGGCGCGCUGCUGCUCCUGGCGCUGCUGCUGCUGCUGCUGUUCCUGCUGCGGCUGCUCUGGGGCACCGGCAGCGGUCCCAGCCCCUUCACCGCCGAUGCCCGGCGCCCCCCGGCCCCCAUCGUCACCGACAAGGCGGUGAGAAGGACCGUGGUGAAGACAGUUUUCUCGGCAGAUAAAGUCCCUGAGGGUCUCGAUGCCAUCGUGGUGGGCAGCGGCAUCGGGGGGCUGGCGGCCGCCGCGCUGCUGGCCAAGGCGGGACGGCGCGUGCUGGUGCUGGAGCAGCACGGGAAGCUGGGGGGCUGCUGCCACACCUUCACCGAGAAGGGCUACGAGUUCGACACCGGUAUCCACUACGUGGGGCGGAUGCAGGAGGGCUCCCUGACGCGGUUCAUGCUGGACCAGCUGACCGAGGGGCAGCUGGAGUGGGCCCGGCUGCCCCACGUCUACGACGCCGUCAUCCUGGGGGAGCCCGGCAGCGCCAAGACCUACCGCAUUUACUCGGGAAAGAGGGAGUUUUACCAAGGUUUGAAGGAGCAGUUUCCCGGGGAGGACGCGGCCAUCGAUGAGUUCCAGCGGCUGGUGCAGAGCGCCAGCCGCGGGGCCAUGGUGCUGAACAUGCUGAAGGCGCUGCCGCGCGUGCUGGCCGGGUUGCUGUGCCGCUCGGGGCUGCUGCUGCGGUUCGUCCCCUUCUGCCACCUGGCCACGCGCAGCCUCCGCGACGUGGUGGACGGACUGACCACCAACCCCGAGCUCCGAGCCGUCCUCUGCUACAUCUUCCCCACCUACGGCACGCUGCCCUCCAAGACGUCCUUCUCCAUGCACAGCCUCCUGGUCAACCACUUUCUCCAAGGCGCCUGGUACCCCAAAGGGGGAAGCGGGGAAAUCGCCUUCCACACCAUCAACGUCAUCCGCAAAACCGGUGGGAACGUCCUGGGCCGGGCGCCGGUGCAGAAGAUCCUCCUGGACUCGCAGGGCAGGGCUUGCGGCGUGAGCGUCAAGAAAGGCCAAGAUUUGGUGAAUAUCUAUGCCCCUGUUAUCAUUUCGGACGCCGGGAUCUUCAAUACCUACGAACGGCUCCUGCCUGCGGAGGCGCGGGCUCUACCUGGGAUCCAGUCUCAGCUUCGCUUGGCGACACACGGUGAAGGGGGUUUCAGCGUCUUCGUGGGUCUUAAUGGCUCGAGGGAGGAGCUGGGGCUGGAGGCCACCAACUACUACCUGUACCUAGGAAACGACCUGGAUGAAAUAAUGAAUCGCUACCUGAGCGCUUCCAGAGAAGAAGCCGCCAAGCUCAUCCCUUUCAUUUUUAUCACCUGCCCAUCAGCCAAGGACCCCACCUGGGACACGAGGUACCCAGGUAAAUCCACCAUUUCCAUCUUGACCUUCGCCAAAUACGAGUGGUUCGAGGAAUGGAAGGACGAGCAGGUGAACAAGCGGGGAGAUGAUUACGAGGACCUGAAGAAGGCCUUUGUGGACGUCAUCAUGCAGGCCGUCUUCAAGCUCUACCCUCGCAUUGAGGACAGGAUCGAGUACAUCUCCGGAGGGACACCCCUCACCAACCAGCACUACAUUGCCAGCGCCAAAGGGGAGUUCUACGGAAUGGACCACAACAUCACCCGCCUGCAGGCUGAGACCAUCACCACCCUGAGGCCACAGACAGAUGUCCCCAACCUCUACCUGACAGGGCAAGACACGAGCGUGGCCGGCUUCAUGGGCGCCAUGCACGGGGCCUUCAUGUGCGCCGGUGCCGUCCUCAAGCGCAAUAUCUACAUCGACCUGAUGUGGCUGAAAAGGCGCACGGAUGCCGCCAAGUCUACAAAGAAGGACUAACGCCUGGCGUCCCACCGGCCGGGACCUUCCGCUCCCCCCAGGUCAUCCCCAAUGCCUUAUUUUCCGCUCUCAAUGACCCGUAGCAUGUCCUGCUCUAACGCAAAGCCAAGACAACAGCCCAGGAAGACGCUGUUCCCCUUCCCAGCUCGCUUGCCUUGGACCUUACCCACCUAGAGCUCUUUCCACCGCCAUGUCCACCGCUGACUCCUGGACACCCUUUGGAGGGCAAACCCCUUCUCCCAGCGUAGGGAUGAGGGGAUCCAAGAGCUGCCGUGGGCAGGAGAGAAGUCAAAACAACCCCAAAACCAGCAGAAGGCAAAACCCAGCAGCUUCCAGCAGCAACACCCGCGGUCGCUUGAUCCCCACCGGUGUCCGAGGGCCACGUGGACCAUCAGAAGAACAUCAACCUCCACCUGCAUCCCCCAGACCUGCUGGGCUGAGGGGGCUGAGCCCCCCAGGGGUGGUUUCCCCCUCUCAGAUGGUGACUUUGGGCUUGUAAAGCUUUGUUGGGCUCAUGAAACUCCACGUGGGACUUGGUAGCCCCAGGGGUUGUGGCACCUCCCUGAGACGAAACCAUGCAUGGGCCUGUCCAGGCAGGUUGGUAAAGCCCUGCUGGGCGCUGGGCGGGAACCAGCUGCGUUUAAUCAAGGGGCAAUAAUCCCCAAAUCACCCCAAUCUCAGCCCCAUCGCUGUGUUUUAACAAAGGUGCCCAUGGCCACAGUCCCUCAGGAAGGAUCUGGCUUAACGGGGCGGUGGAGUAAGUGGAUCCCUACACCAAGGCCAGGGAUUUAAGCCAGGUUUAAAGCUAUUUAGAAGCAGCUUAAGGUGCUUGCUAGCUGUCUGGUGCUCUCUAAGCCAUGCCUUGUAGAGAGAGCAGCAGGACCAGGGUGCCCUGUGAUGCUGACAAUAUUUUGAUGCUGCUUUAUCCCCCUAACACCCAGAUAUGUGUGAUGGUGCAAGCACUCCCUCCUUUAGCGAUUAAAAACAUCCAGCCUUUCUGUCUGUGGGGAUAAGCUCUUGAAAAUGAUCAAAGCCUUCUCCAAGGUGGGGGUGGAAUCAUGUGAAACCAGAAGUCAAUAAAAUCAGAAGAAUUGUU